AUGGUUGACGGACAUGGCAAGGAUGAGGUCAAGUCUAUGUCUAAAGAGGAUAACACCAGCAAAGGUGAGAGGGGAGCGACUGAUGGACGCGAGGAUGAAAUGCAGAUGAAGAAAUACCUACUAGCUGUGGCCAUGACAAUGUGGGAGAUGGCUAGCAGGCAUGACAGGAAUGAGGUCAAGCCGAUGGCCAGUGGAGGUGGCAGCAUCGUAGCCCACAUGAAGGUUCAAAGUUCGAAGAGUGUGUGA